AUGCUUCCAGGACCACAUUACGAUUUUUUCGCCAGCAAGAAGGCCAGCUUGGUGUUGGCCCCCUUUUCUGGUGGCCAAGGCAGGUCGGGCGUUGAAGACGGCCCUAAGUACUUGUUGAAACACGGCUUGCCCGAACAACUACAGGAAUUGGGUUGGGACGUUGCCAUCGAAGAGCCGUUGGCCGGUGAAGACUACGAAAAACGUAACGAAACUGACAAGUCGGAUGUCUACCAGAAAGUCAAGAGACCUCAAUUGGUCGGUGAAGCUACAGAGAAGAUCUACCACUCGGUCAAAAAGGUGGUGAAGAAUGGUGGGUUGCCAGUUACGCUGGGAGGCGACCACUCGAUCGCUAUGGGCUCAGUGGCAGGUGUUUUCAGCGAGCAUCCAGAUGCCUGUCUAUUGUGGAUCGACGCCCAUGCAGACAUCAACACCCCAUCUUCCACAGACUCAGGAAACUUGCACGGAUGCCCCGUCUCGUUCUUGAUGGGUCUUGACCCGGAAAACACCCCUCCAGCCCUCAAAUGGGUCCCAAAGUGCCUGAAGCCCAACAAGAUUGCUUACAUUGGUCUAAGAGACGUGGAUGAGGGAGAAAAGAAAAUUCUCAAAGAACACAACAUCAAGGCGUACUCUAUGUACCACGUGGACCGCUACGGCCUCAACGGCGUCAUCGAAAUGGCUCUUCAGAGUAUCAACCCCGAUGGUAAGAGCCCUAUUCACUUAUCCUACGAUGUUGAUGCCGUCGACCCGCUAUACAUUCCAGCUACGGGUACUCCAGUUAGAGGUGGACUCACUCUAAGAGAAAGUUUGUUUUUGGCUGAAAGAAUCGCUGAAACUGGCAGACUCAUUGCCCUUGACCUGGUGGAAUGCAACCCUGCUUUGGGAGCCCACGAUUUGCACAUCUCAGACACCAUCUCAGCCGGCUGUGCCAUUGCCAGAUGUGCUCUGGGUGAAACUCUUCUCUAG